UACGUCAUUGUAGCCAUAAUGUCACUUCUUAACAUCUUUAUCGUCCUUGGAAACCUGGCGGCCAUCUUGAUAGUCGCGUACGCAAAAUGCGCCACCCGACGGAAACAGCGCGACUCGGUCAAGGUCGAGAACGGCAUCACAAAAAUAUUGAUGAUCUCGAUGGUCAUUUCAGACGCCAUCUUUGGAGUCACCGGUAUGCCGUUAAUGGUGAUUGAGCUCUACCACAGUGGACACUGGACGCUCGGCCCCACGUGGUGUUUCAUCAAGGUGCUGGCCCACUACCUAUGGUGUCCACUGGUCAUGUGUCACGUGGUGUGUAUGGCCGUGGACAGAUUUUUGGCUGUGUGCAAACCUUUGGUUUACCGAAGCCUUUCCUUCAAGUUGGGUUACUGUCUCGUGGGACUAUGUUGGGGCCUUUCCCUGCUUAUUGUGCUUACGCCCAUGGCGGCCUACUGGUUUAAUUUAGAAGAUAAUGCCCGGCCAUGCUCAGAAUCAAAUAGUGUUUGUGAUUUUAUGCGAUCGAAAGCUUUUGUGAUGCUGAACUAUUUUUUUAUUGGCUUUUCACCAAUCACUGCGAUACUUGUGUUGUAUUUCUUUAUAAUCAGGGAAAUUUUGAGAUCAAGCAAAAGAAUCGCCAACAGCUGUAGAAAUCGUAAUCGAAUGCAGCCAGACAAUAUAGACAGCUUAAAAUCUAAAACGACAUUUACCAAUCAGAUUGAGAGUGAGAAGGGUGUAGAGAGAAAUGUAGGGAUACUUCUUGCCUCAAAUAGAUCCAAGAUCUUGACCAAAACCAUUAGUCAUUUAUGUUUAUUUGAUGCAGGUUUAUUGAGCUCAGGUAAUGCCACCACGGUCAAGAACUUAAUUGCUGAUGAGAAGACAUGGCAAACUGCAAUAGACUCAAGUCCACAACCAUUGGACGUAAAACAGCUUUUAAAUUCAAAUGUCAGAAUAGACCGUUUGACGUCAUCUGAUCCUGAAUGUGCGAUGCCAUUGUCAAACACGCUGCCUGGGCCACUGGACACAAAUCCACUCGACACAAUUCGCGUGGACGGGUCUAACGUACAUGGUCUAAACACAAGAAAUAAUCUUAGGUUUUCAAUAAUCAGUGGCGCCACAUUCAAAUCGAAUCAAAGAGACCAAAUCGGAUCAAUAACCCGAACACAUUGUCGAGGGUUAAGACAAAUGAGGGCCGUUCGAACGAUCGGGUUAAUUGUGAUGUUUUUCUCCAUCAGCUGGAUCCCCGUGUUUAUCUGUUUGCCCAUAUUCACUGUGACUGGCAGCCACUUGCCGUCGUGGCUGAUACUAGUGAUGAUCUUCUGUAACUAUAGUAACGCGGCUGUGAAUCCAGUGCUCUUC